AUGGAGGAAAGAAGCAAAGAGUCUUCUGCAUUGGUGCUUCCGAAGGCCCUUCCGAAGACCACUAUGGAGUGGGACAGCGAUGAGGAGGCGAGCUCGUCGGAGCUAGCUUUCAUGGGGAGGUCGUUAUCGGAGGACCUUCUGCUGACUGUGCUGAGCAAGCUCCCGCUCGAGAGCCUGAGGAGGUUCCGUUGCGUGUGCAGAAAGUGGAACGAUCUGCUCAUGUCUUGGGAAUUCUCUCGCUCGAUUUGCCACAAACCCGGGAAGCUAAUUCCGCUGUAUCCGGGUGAUGGAGAGCUCAAUCUUUACGACACUAGCAAUCGUUGCUGGUUGCAGCGCGACCUCAAAUUUGGAGAUGAUCAGGGUUUGUUAAUCGAAGAUCAGGGAUAUGAGCUGGUCGCAUCGGGUGGGGGCCUGUUGGCCUUUCUUGCCAAGCCGCAGCUCGACGCCAACUGGCGAGAGCGAUUUCCGACAUUCAUCGUUUCCAACCCUUUGACACGACAGUCCCACAGAGAGCGAUUCCCAACAUUCAUCGUCUCCAACCCUUUGACACGACAGUACCACAGAUUGCCGACUUCAGUCGUCCAUGGAUCGCGUUCCCUCAACAUCCCUGAGGUAGGACAUCUGUUGUGUGGAAUAGACGUAGAUCUGGAAACAGGGUAUUACACUUUCUUAUUUUUGGAUACUCGUUCCAUUGAGGGCGAAGGGGAAACUUACGUCUACGACUCCAAAUUGUGCUCAUGGCGGAUCUCUCACUUGGUCCACCUGCCCUGGCUCCCCUGGCGAAACUUGCCAAGGAUGCUCGAACUCUGCAAGACGAUAAGUAUAAACUCUGAAAUCGUUCAAAAAGCUCUGAAAUCGUUCAAAAAGCGGAGCAACCCGACAAAUACGAGAUCAUUCUAUGCCCUGUCUUGUGUGGCUCUACUCAAAAGGCCAGCAGCAUCCUGA